AUGGCCGCACCCAUUCUCGCACCCCCAGGACCUGACAGCUUCAAGAAGUUUACGCCGGAGUCGCUCGCUAACAUCGAGAAGCGCAUCAAUGAAGAGAAGAACAAGAAACCAGCCAAACCCCGGUCGGACAGCAGUCACCGCGACACGUCAGACGAGAAUGAGCCCAAGCCCAACAGGGACCUGGAGGCUGGGAAGAGCCUGCCGCUUAUCUAUGGCGAUAUUCCAAACGGCAUGGUGGCCACACCGCUAGAGGAUCUCGACCCCUUCUAUGUCAACCAGAAAACAUUCAUAGUGCUAAACAAGGGGAAAACAAUCUUCCGCUUCAGUGCCACGCCCUCCCUGUACAUCAUCAGCCCUUUUAAUAUUUUCAGACGAAUAGCAAUUAAGAUUUUGAUACAUUCGUUAUUCAGCAUGAUCAUCAUGUGCACCAUUUUGACCAACUGUAUAUUCAUGACAUUUAGCGACCCCCCAGAGUGGUCCAAACAAGUGGAGUACACGUUCACUGGGAUCUAUACAUUUGAGUCACUCACAAAAAUUGUGGCCAGAGGUUUCGCGAUUGAUGGAUUCACUUUCCUUCGAGAUCCAUGGAACUGGCUGGAUUUCAUGGUCAUUUCAAUGGCAUAUAUAACAGAGUUUGUGGACCUUGGGAAUGUGUCGGCCCUCAGAACUUUCAGGGUUCUCCGAGCAUUGAAAACUAUUUCUGUCAUUCCAGGCCUGAAGACCAUUGUGGGUGCCCUGAUCCAGUCUGUGAAGAAGCUCUCAGAUGUGAUGAUCCUGACCGUCUUCUGCCUCAGCGUCUUUGCUCUGAUCGGAUUGCAGCUCUUCAUGGGGAACCUGCGACAAAAAUGCGUCUUUUGGCCUGUAAAUACGACGAAUAUGUAUCUGUCCAAUGGCUCCAAGGGUUUUGACUGGGAUGAAUACCUCAUGAAUGACACUAAUUUCUACUUUUACCCCGGUCAAGCAGAUGCACUAUUAUGUGGAAAUAGUUCAGACUCAGGACGAUGUCCUGAGGGGUUUACAUGUCUGAAAGCCGGAAGGAACCCCAAUUAUGGUUACACCAGCUUUGACAGCUUUGGAUGGGCCUUUCUCACCCUAUUUCGUCUAAUGACCCAAGACUUCUGGGAAAAUCUCUACAUGCUGACAUUGCGAGCAGCAGGGAAGACGUACAUGAUCUUCUUUGUGCUGGUCAUCUUUGUGGGCUCCUUCUAUCUUGUCAACCUUAUCUUGGCUGUGGUAGCCAUGGCCUACGAGGAGCAGAACCAGGCCACUAUUGAAGAGGCUGAGCAAAAGGAGGCUGAAUUUAAGGCCAUGAUGGAGCAGCUCAAAAGGCAGCAGGACGAAACACAGGCUGCAGCCAUGGUGACAUCUGCAGGGACUGUAUCCGAAGUGGGAUUGGCCGAUGAGGGAGGGGGUCAUCUUUCCCGCAGCUCUUCGGAGGUCUCCAAACUGAGCUCUAAGAGUGCUAAGGAGCGUCGCAAUCGCAAGAAAAAAUGGCGUCAGAAAGAGCAGGAGAAAGAGAAGGGUGACAGCGAGAAGGUUGUCAAGUCGGAGUCUGAUGACGGCAGCAAGAGAAGUACACUUCGUUUCCCGGGAAGCCGUCUGGGCAGGAAGACUUCAAUCAUGAACCAGUCACUACUGAGCAUCCCGGGCUCACCCUUCAUGUCACGCCACAACAGCCGCAGCAGCAUCUUCAGCUUCAAAGGACGCUCCAAGGACAUGGGAUCUGAAAACGAGUUUGCCGACGACGAGCACAGUACAGUGGAGGAGAGUGAGGACCGCCGGGGUUCCCUGUUCAUCCCUUUCCGCCGGAACAGCUACAGCGGCUACAGCCAAGGCUCGUCACGUAUCCACCCGCUGGCGCCUCAUUCAGGAGGGAAGAGGAACAGCACAGUGGACUGCAAUGGCGUGGUGUCUCUCAUCGGACCGGGGCCUGGCAGACGGCUUCUGCCUGAGGUGAAAAUAGAUAAGGCAGCCACUGAUGACAGUACAACAGAUGUGGAGAUUAAGAAGAAGCAUUCUGGCUCUCUUAUGGUAUCAGUGGAUCAGCUCAACUCAUCCUUUAAAGGAAAAGACCGGGCCAACAGUCAGAUGAGCGUCGUCACAAACACGCUGUUAGAAGAAUUUGAGGAAUCUCAGAGGAAGUGCCCCCCUUGUUGGUACAAAUUCGCCAACAUUUUCCUAAUCUGGGAGUGCCAUCCGAAUUGGCUCAAGAUCAAGCACAUAGUCUACUUGAUAGUCAUGGACCCAUUUGUGGAUUUGGCCAUCACAAUCUGUAUUGUUCUCAACACCCUUUUCAUGGCAAUGGAGCACUAUCCAAUGACACCACAUUUUGAAGAAGUCCUCUCUGUAGGCAAUCUGGUUUUCACAGGCAUCUUUGCUGGAGAGAUGUUUGCCAAACUGGUAGCAAUGGAUCCCUACUACUACUUUCAGGAAGGAUGGAAUUGUUUUGAUGGUUUUAUAGUGUCGCUGAGUUUAGUGGAACUAGGACUCCAGGAUGUGGAGGGUCUAUCAGUGCUGCGGUCGUUCCGAUUGUUGAGAGUGUUCAAACUGGCCAAAUCAUGGCCAACACUCAACAUGUUGAUCAAGAUCAUUGGUAAUUCAGUGGGCGCUUUGGGUAAUCUGACCCUGGUGCUGGCCAUCAUUGUCUUCAUCUUCGCUGUGGUGGGCAUGCAGCUGUUUGGCAAAAACUACAAGGACUGUGUGUGCAAGAUCGCAGAUAACUGUAAGCUGCCUCGCUGGCACAUGCAUGACUUCUUCCACUCCUUCCUGAUUGUAUUCAGAGUAUUGUGUGGGGAGUGGAUUGAGACCAUGUGGGAUUGUAUGGAGGUAGCAGGACAGACAAUGUGCCUCACGGUUUUCAUGAUGGUCAUGGUCAUUGGAAACUUGGUGGUGUUGAACUUGUUCCUGGCUUUGCUGCUGAGCUCAUUCAGCGCAGACAACCUCGCUGCCACAGAUGACGAUGGCGAGCCCAACAAUCUUCAGCUCGCUGUUGCACGCAUUAAGAUCGGCAUUGCCUGGAUCAAGUCCCACGUUCGUCUCUUUGUUGCCACGGUGCUCAAGAAGCCUGUUGAAGAUGAACAAAAACCUCUGGAUGAAAUGUACGAGAAAAAACUCAACUGCAUUGCUAAUCACUCAGUGGACAUCAACCGCGAAUUGGACUUUGCUAAAAAUGGCAACGGUACCACCAGCGGCAUUGGAAGCAGUGUUGGAAAGUACAUGAUUGAUGAAGACUACAUGUCUUUCAUACACAACCCCAACUUGACUGUGUGUGUUCCGAUUGCUGUGGGAGAAUCGGACUUUGAGAACCUUAACACAGAGGACUUCAGCAGUGAAUCGGAUGUGGAGAAUAGCAAAGAUCUGGAUGACACCAGUUCAUCUGAGGGCAGCACAAUAGAUAUUAAGCCUGACGUGGAGGAGGUGGCAGUCGUGGAGGUUGUAGAGGAGUACCUUGACCCAGAUGCCUGCUGGACAGAUGAAUGUGUGGCAAAAUACAAGUGCUGUGAUGUUCCCAUCACUCACGGCUGGGGGAAGCACUGGUGGUUCCUGAGGAAGACCUGCUAUCUGAUAGUGGAGCACAACUGGUUUGAAACACUCAUCAUCUUCAUGAUCUUACUUAGCAGUGGAGCCCUGGCCUUUGAGGACGUCUACAUUGAGCAGAGGAAGACUAUCCGAAUUAUUCUGGAGUAUGCUGAUCGCGUUUUCACGUACAUCUUCAUUUUGGAGAUGUUGCUCAAGUGGGUGGCUUACGGGUUCGUCAAGUACUUCACUAACGCCUGGUGCUGGUUGGACUUCUUCAUUGUGGAUGUGUCUAUAGUCAGCCUUAUAGCUAAUGCUUUGGGCUUCUCCGAUCUUGGCCCAAUUAAGUCACUCAGGACACUGAGGGCUUUGCGACCCCUCAGGGCCCUGUCACGUUUUGAAGGGAUGAGGGUUGUGGUGAACGCCUUGGUAGGGGCCAUCCCCUCCAUUAUGAACGUGCUACUAGUGUGUCUGAUCUUCUGGCUCAUCUUUAGCAUCAUGGGUGUGAAUCUGUUUGCUGGCAAGUACUAUUACUGCUACAAUGACACACAAGAGGAAAUGUUCCACCCUAAUGAGGUUAACAACCGAACGGAGUGUUUCGCGCUCAUUAACGAUAACCACACUGACGUCAGAUGGAAAAAUGUCAAAAUCAACUUUGACAAUGUGGGGGCAGGCUACCUGGCACUCCUGCAAGUGGCAACGUUCAAAGGAUGGAUGGAUAUUAUGUAUGCAGCAAUUGAUUCUCGAAAGGUGGAGGAUCAGCCGUUGUAUGAAGACAACCUAUACAUGUACAUCUACUUUGUCAUCUUUAUUAUCUUUGGUUCGUUCUUCACCCUAAAUCUCUUCAUUGGUGUCAUCAUUGACAACUUCAAUCAGCAAAAGAAAAAGUUUGGAGGUCAGGAUAUAUUCAUGACUGAAGAGCAGAAAAAAUACUACAAUGCCAUGAAGAAACUCGGCUCAAAGAAACCACAAAAGCCUAUACCCAGGCCUCAGAACAAAAUCCAGGGCAUGGUGUUUGACUUUGUGACUCAGCAGGUGUUCGACAUCUCGAUCAUGAUCCUCAUCUGCCUCAACAUGGUCACCAUGAUGGUGGAGACGGACGAUCAGUCAAAAGAGACAGAGGACGUGCUCUACUGGGUCAACUUUAUCUUCAUCGUUGUCUUCACUGGCGAGUUUUUACUGAAAUUGUUUGCACUGCGUCACUACUACUUCACCAAUGGCUGGAACAUCUUUGACGUGGUGGUGGUCAUCCUCUCCAUUGUGGGAAUGUUCCUCGCCGACCUGAUCGAAAAGUACUUUGUGUCGCCAACGCUCUUCAGGGUGAUCAGAUUGGCUCGUAUCGGUCGAAUCCUGCGGCUCAUCAAGGGCGCCAAAGGCAUCAGAACUCUGCUCUUCGCCCUGAUGAUGUCUCUCCCGGCCUUGUUCAACAUCGGCUUGCUGCUUUUCCUGGUCAUGUUCAUUUUCUCCAUCUUUGGAAUGUCCAACUUUGGUUACGUGAAACACGGGGCCGGAAUCGACGACAUGUACAACUUUGAGACAUUCGGCAACAGCAUGAUCAUCUUAUUUAUGAUCACCACGUCUGCUGGCUGGGACGGCCUGCUGCUGCCCAUUCUGAACUACCCUCCGGACUGCGACCCUUUCUUGGAGAAUCCCGGCACUCCUUCUACAGGAGACUGCGGCAACCCGUCGGUGGGCAUUUUCUUCUUUGUUAUGUAUAUCAUCAUUUCUUUCCUAAUUGUGGUCAACAUGUACAUCGCCAUCAUUUUGGAGAACUUCAGCGUGGCCACGGAAGAGAGCGCUGACCCGCUCAGCGAGGAUGACUUUGAGACAUUCUAUGAGAUUUGGGAGAAGUUCGACCCGACUGCCUCUCAGUUCAUCACGUACGCCAAGCUUUCCGACUUUGCGGACGCACUUGAACACCCGCUGCGAGUCCCCAAGCCUAACACCAUUGAACUCAUUGCCAUGGACAUGCCCAUGGUGAGCGGGGACCGCAUACACUGCCUGGACAUCCUGUUCGCCUUCACCAAGCGCGUGCUGGGCGACAGCGGCGAGUUGGACAUGUUGAGACAGCAAAUGGAGGAGCGAUUCGUGGCAGCCAAUCCUUCCAAGGUCUCCUACGAGCCCAUCACCACCACGCUGAGGCGCAAGCAGGAGGACGUGUCAGCCAGAAUCAUCCAAAGGGCCUACCGCUCCUACUUGGCGAGGCGGGGCUUCGUUUGCAAGCGCGUUCCAACUAACAACAGAGUGGAGAACGGCGGGAACAAUCAGGAACAAGAGAAGGAGGCCACGCCCUCCACCGCUUCCUUGCCCUCGUACGACAGCGUCACAAAACCUGACAAGGAGAAGGAGGACGACAACGAGGGCAAGGGAGGGAGGAACGAGAGAGGAAGAAACCAAAAAGACGUCAGGGAAUCCAAAUGUUAA